UGGGUACUGGUAGUGGUGGAAGUUUAAUAGUCUCCCUAAUAUCUAUACGAGUAUAAAAGAGUCCUGUUACAGUGGUCGUAUGCUUAGUUUACGCGAAUACUUGAUCUUCAGUAUCAGGUAUUGAGCUGCUUUUGUUUCCGCUGGUCGUUUUGGGAGCGAAAUGAAUUUGAUAAUCGGGCUCUGUUUGGCGUUUUUGGUGGCCGAGUGCCGAGGAGAUUACGUUAAAUUCUUUGAAAAAUGUACCAAGGAAAAAAACACUUUCGACUGUUUGAAACGCCGGGCACUGGACGUUUUGGAUCGCGCUGUCAAGGAUGAUACGGUUUAUGUUGUUAACGAUUAUGUGUCUAUUGCAAAAGAUCCCGCAGUUAUUCCUGAUUCCGACGAAGAGCAAAGAUCCGCGGGUGACAACAACAAGACAGUAAGUUUGGACGAAAAACUCGAAAGAAAGUUACAUGAUUAUCUGGCUUCGAGGAGUAUCAAGCUCACUAUUCCUGGGGGAGUUAUUGAAGGACGUGGUAAGAAGAAAGAGAAAGGUGGAUACGGUGGUGCUUUACUCAUGGGAGGAAUGGCAAUGGCAGGUGUAAUGGCACAGUUGGCAUAUGCAAAAAUAGCUUUUAUCGCAGGUACAGCACUUUUGACAGCAAAAAUAGCGUUGGUACUCAGCGCAAUAAUUGGACUUAAAAAAUUAGUAUCAAGUAGCGGUGGAGGUCACGAGGUCAUUUACGCCACUGCUUCCGACCCUCAUGGUGGAUAUGGCGGAUGGUCAAGAUCCCUCGGGUCAUCGUAGAUCAAUUGAAAGACAAUCA